UUAUUGCUCUUAGUGGGAAACUGUGAAAUGUGAAUGUGUUUUUUGUUGUUAUUAUAUUAUAUCAAUGCUCGUAAUUUUUUAAGUUUCACACACAAUAUUCAUUUUUCCUUCAGACUAUAACACGCUAACUUAACGGACAUGGAUUCCAAAGAGUUUGAUGCCACUUUAGGUGGCGCAGAGCACUUACCGCAUACAGCGAACAGUUUUAAAUUUGCUGCGUCGAGGAGCGUUGAAAUAGCAGCGAUGACUGAGAGUAUACUUCGGCCCGUUAAAUCUAAAUUGAUAUUUCAAGCUUUACCUGUUCAUAUGCGACGACGAGUUAUGAGCCACAAUUGCAAGCGAUUACCAAGAAGGUUACGAGAGGGACAUUUAGAGCAAUUAAAAAAGAAUGGCUUGCCCCCUAAACAAAAAAGACCAUCAAGGAAGUAUAGACGCCGACCAGCCAACCUGCUGGAAGAAUAUACCAGGAGACAACGAAGAAUUGUAUGGUUAGAAACACACAUUUGGCAUGCUAAAAGGUUUCAUAUGGUUGAGAGAUGGGGCUACCGAUUAGCACAUAGACCGUGUGACAAAGCAUUUAGAGCAUGCUACAGAGCAUCUUCAGCACACUGCCUCUUGCAGGAUAUUUCAUACUACAUUCCUGUACAAGUUAAAGGACCUGUUGCAGACAUUCAAAAAUUAUUUAGUUGUAUUACAAAUAAAUCUUGUGGAUUAAGUGUAUCUGCUAAAGCUUAUAUAUCUGGGCACAGAUCAGGCUGUAUAAAUAUUUACUAUCCAAAUUCAUAUCCAUAUGAUUUUAUUGGAAAAGUUGAAUUUGUAUGGGUGCAGACUGAGUCACAGCCAUUUCUUAUAUUAUUUGUUCAUCCAUCACAAGUUAAAGAAGUAGAGUAUAUUUUAACUGACAUUAUCACAUGCUCAACAGCAUUUGUUGCUAAAAACAAUGAUAAUAAACGGGUAAAAUUAACAAAUGAACUGUUAAAUGUGAAAAUAAAGCUAAUGUAUGGAAACUACAAUAGAUUUCGACUUACUGGACCUAAAAGCCAUGCUGUUUUAACACAUUCACUAAAAUGUGUUACAGAUAUAAAUAACAUUGACUCUAAUGAAUGGGUGGCUGUAGCUAAAACAAGUAAUAUUAACUUAGAUCUACAAAACAAGUCUAAUUACUGGUCUAGUAUAAAUAAUUUAUUCUCUCCGGCUCAAGUGCCUCCGAGGAUUGUUAUUGGGUUGAUUGUUAAGGAUCCUAGGUGGAGUCGCCCAAGAAAACGUACAAAAGCGCAAACAAAACAGCCUAGCACAAGCCAAGACAAUUUAACUAGUAUACCAUCAUAUGCCUCCUCAUCUCCUUUAUGGGAUGAAAAUAUUUGUAAUAUAGUUAAGAAAAAUGCUGUGUCAAAUACUAAAUUUAUUGACCAUGUAACAAUGACGGAAAUAGUGCCUGGGGAGGUGAAUGAAGAUGACCCAGCUUUACAGAGCAUUCCUGUCGUACUAAUUCAACAGGCAGGUUCACAAAACUCAGAAUCAAAAAAAAUUGGCUAUGGAAGUGGAUGGGAUAUAAUAGUACCGUCAGGCUAUGGCAUUCCAUUCUGGCUAACAUUUGUUAUGUUUGGUGCAAGAACAGGAGGACUCAGGGAAACAGAAAAUUUAGCACAUGAAAUGGGCGAAUGUUAUUUCUCACCAGAUUCUAAUUCAGGCAGAAUAGAAGGGAAGAGGAUUGAAAAACAGUUAAAGGAACAUUAUUUUAAACGUCCACCUAGUAAAAGAGUUAAUUAUAUCAAACUAGGCAUAUUAAACCCAUUUAUAUGUCCCUGGAAUAUUUUAUUGAAAGAUUGGAGUGACACUGAUGUCGAUAAGUUUUUCAUUUUAAGAGAUAAAGUUAUUUUAAAUGAACUACAGGAAUCAAUUGUAAAGAAAAAGCAGAUACUUAAUGCACAUCCUGUAAAUACUGGUUCUUGCUUGAUUGCUGUUUAUUUGAAAAUUGAAGGGAAAGGAGUAAUGAGAGAUCAUGCAUUAAUAUGUUUGCCAAAUGUAGAAGAUAUAACUUCUACAAAAUUACUCUGUGAACCUCAUCAUGAAGACACAAAUGCUAAACUAAGGAAGGAAAAACGAAAAGAAAAUAAGAAAUUAUUAAAACAGUUACGAAGAAAGCGGAUAAAACUUAGAAAAACAAUUAAAGACGUUCCAGAUAAGAAACAAAAAAUGCAACCCAGUGAACCAUCAGAAUUUGUAAAAAGUAUGCAAGAACUAUGGGUUCCAUCAAAUGUAAUUAGUGUUAGAAAUUCAUGUAUACGACAAACUAUGGGUUAUUUAACUAAAGGCGCAUUCAGUUUCACUGAAGCGAGGAGCUGCGGUGUUGGCUAUAUUGCAUAUAAUGCACUAGUGAAACUAUUAGAAUUGAAAAUAAAUAAAGUUCUUAUAAGAAAUCCAACGUCGAGGAAAUAUAGAUUGGCGAGUUUUCGGAUAAUACCAAAUCCAUAAAAGAUUAUUAACUAUACACUGUGUAACUUUUAUCUGUACAGAAAUAAAAUUUAUAUUAUAU